AUUAAUCGAAGUUUAAAUCGGAGUUUAAUCGAAGUCAUCUUAAAUCGAUUAUCCAUCACCCUGCAAAUGUUUUUGUAAGACUGCAGGUAAAUAUUGAUAAUACAUAAAAUCUCAUUAAGAUUAUAUCUAUAUGAUGCUUUUCAUUCAAUUUAUUUUAACACACAAACGCGCGUGCGUGUUUGUAUGUUUAACAAAAUUAGAACGGCUUUUUUUUAGCAAUAAAAUUCUACACAAGACGUCAAAAGAUAUACAUCUCGUGUAUAUACACACAUGUGAGAAAAAAAAACAGAAACUGGCAAGUGUUCGCGAACACGGAGCUGCCGCUGUGUUCGUGCACAACGCACACAGAUCAUCGGAGGAGAUCAAUAUCAAUGGCGGCGCAGGGGAAGCGGUUUCGCAUGGUGCGAUCGUCCACGGUCGUCGACGGUUGACGGAGAGAGAAGAGAAAAAUGGCACGCGACGUUUCUCGCCGGUCGACAACGCGGCCAGGGUGCACCUCCACGAGUCGUUUCCAUUGGACCACAACCGAGCGCCCGGGAUCGCACUAGCGGAGCGCCGUUUCCACGUUGACAGGACGAGCGUCGACGACAUCGGGGAAAACGAGAGAAGAGGCAAGGACCUCCUCGACCAGCGAGGGACCGGUUGACGGAUCAUCAACGCGCCGAGACGACGAUUAACGAUCAUCACCAUGGCGAAAGAGAUGAUGAUAGUAUUCGUUUACGACACUGCCAAGUGUUGUAACGAGGAGGAUGACCCUGCCGAAGCAGUUAUGUACUUUCAUCCGGCCUGGGUAUCUCCCACGCAGAGACUGGCUCUAGCGGGACAGCUGAUGGGUGUGCAUCACUUCCUCACAACGUCGUUUUCCCCGCCACGAUCUAUCACAUUGCAAGGUGGAAAAUUUGUGUUAAAGAAGUUUGGGCAGUAUGUACUGGCAGUGGGGACUGAUAGGAAUAUACACGACUGGAUACUCGAGAGACGCGCCGACACUCUGGAAUCAUUGUUGAAGUUCUUUCACUGCGACCUCGUUCAUAUACUGGAGUCCUUCAACAAUGAUCGUAAUAGAUUCACUGAGAAAUUGUAUCAGAUGUUUGAGACAUAUCUGCCAAUUCUUCAACAUAGUGCCAAUCUGUUUUCCAACAUUCCUGUUAUUAAACUUCCAAAGAGUGCCAGCAACAUAUUCCUGGAAGGAAUGCAAGUAUUACAGCAUUGUCAAGAGAUAAAUGGCAUUUUGGGUGGAGCGUUAUUUUACAAUAACAAGAUAGUCUCAACGCAGCUAGGAGCAGAUCUAACGAAACAAAUAGUCAUAACUGAUCCUUAUAGGAUAAAGGCUCCUGCGGAAAGGAUACCGACAGAAUUUCACUUGCCGAUCGGUGUUCAAUUGUUACAAGUGCACAUAGAGCGAAAGCAAUUCGCAAAACUGAUGCAAGAAGCGAAUAACGAACGUUAUUAUAAUUCGUGUCUAGAUACCAUGACCAAAAAGAUACUGCAGAGAAAGACCGUCUCCAAGACUAGCGUCAAAGAAAUGCCCAUCACCUCCGGCAUGAAACGGGAUACAUCGAAGAUUUUCACAGUUCCCGAGGAAGGCGAAUUAGACUCCAUGAAUUACGCGCCGACACCGCCAUAUAUAUCGUCCGUGCCGCUUACAAUCAAUCACGAGUCACCGAUCAGACGCAGACAAGAGAACAAACCGGAACGUCCUAAGGGCAGUGCCAUUGUCAACCCGCUCACGCCCAGUGUCUGCGCGACCCCAUUGAAGGACCUGGAUCGGGUGUUACUCGGGAAUGCCAUGCUUAUCUGCUCAUCCGAGAGCGGUGGCGAAAACGAGGAACUUAGAAGCUCAUCGAAGAGCGACGAUGACGACAUUCCUGAUGUUGUCAAAGAGGCGCUUAGGUGCAAACGCUUGAACAAACUGAGAAAUGCUACUUCGAAGAAGAAGCUGAUGAAGAAAAAAGAUCCUGAUAGGAAAAGCAUGAGCCUGCCAGACUUGACGUCAUCAAUUAAACCGCGUUUGAACGGUCAUCAACCGGAGCUGGACAAAAUACUGUGCAAAUUAAAUGAAGUUUCGCCAGAGGAUCGCGAUUCGAAUUCACUUCGGCGGAAGGUCAGCAGAAACAGAAUGCGACACUCGCGCACUAUCGUCGAUCCUUGUUAUCCCGUCUUCCGAUACGAUGGUCUACCAGUCUCGCAAUCAUUGUACGAGCAGUACGUCGCCUCGCAUUGCGAGGAGUUACGUGAUAAUAGCGACGGCCUUAACGAGCGUCGCGGCGACGAUGGUAAUCUGCAAUCAAGGAGCCUGCCGAGUGAUCUGAUAAGCGCGAAACUACCAAUAAACAGUAGCCGGAAUUCAAUCACGAAGAAUGCUCAUGAAGAAUGCGCUAAACCUGGGUACGACAAGAGCAAGCAAGAAACGUACAAAAGAUCGAUGAGUCUGCCGCUGAAGCCGCUCAACGUCGUCGCUGAGGUGUCCAACGGUGAUGAUCGGCGGAAAUCGACGUCGGAGUGUGGUGGUGCUGGAAACACGUUUGAAUUUCCGCAGAGACGGAAGCUGGACGGUUUACAAUUGACGCCACUGAUGUCGAAGCUGAGUCUACUUGCCGACGAGCGAACCAGCGGCUUUUGCAGUCGCGAGACUACGCCGAGCGAAUUUCGCGAUUUGUCUGGUUUUUCCGGUGGCGCAACAAUCACCGCCACGACGGCAACGACGAAUCAACUGAUCAAGCAGAAACUGGAGUCUGUUGAGAAGGAGGCGAGCGACGGUGAGGAUGAGCUGGACGAGGAUUGGGUCAACAAGGACGAUCCUUCUGCCUGCCUUGUGAAAACCGAGCUUUUUCUUUGCGGCUAUCAGAAUAUGGUGCUAGUGCUGCUGAUGGAGAACGGCACUGCAAACAAUCCGGAUUUGAUACAUUCUCUAUGGCAUACUUGCGUGAGCACGUUGGGUAAGCUCGAAUCGCGGCUACAACAAUGUCUGGAACCAAUGCCAUCCACGGGGAACAAGGAGUUGUACAGUAUUCUGAAUGUGGAUCCACAAUGGGACACGGUGCAGCGUUCUGGACUGUGGGGCGUUACUGAAUUAGACAUCGUGUCCUGUCUUCACGAUAGAUUUACGCAAGCUAGCAAUUUGACAGACAUUAUCGUCAGAACUGAAGACACGGUGGUUUACGGUAACCAGAGCGGAGGAGUCGAAGUUUUUUACCAACAAGCAAUGGCACCGAGUACUUUUGCGGCGCUUCCUACCCCGGCGGAUCUAAUGGGGAUCGUGGCUCUCAAGGCAAAGCGUCGAUUGGAAAGAGAUCAUGGGAUCGUACUAUUGUAAAUACGGGACCGCGCAUUACUUCUUUUUUUUUUUUAAAAAAAGAGAAGAAUAAUGCAUACGUUUACGAUUUCGCUUAUUUGCUUUUGGCAAGAGAAAUCAUAUCCACAAGAACAAGAGAAAAGACUCGAACGUUAAUUUCGAUGAGAUAAUUUUAAUGGGAGAUUUACGGAACGUUUUUCUACGUGUAUUUUUGUAAUCUGUGAUUUUCCGACGCGUAAUUCUAGAAGAAUCGGCUACGAUCGAAGAGCUUUUAUAUACCGCUGCAAUACCUAUGUAUUUCUAUCGUGUGUAAUACCGGUCGAGAGAAAUUUUUUACGAAACGGAUCGUCGACCAAUUAGUUUGUACUUUACCGUUUCAUCAAUCGUGCAAAUCGAUAUCAUAGCAAAUGUUAUUUAUAUUAUAUAUAUAUAUAUGUUAUUGUAUAUAAGAUGUCUUAGAAUCGACGGAAAGUAUAUAGUAGAUAAUAUUAUUUUGGAAACAUGGAGACAGUUUUUCUCCUCCCCGAGUUUUGAUCUACCAAUAUAUCAUGAGGCAUAUCUCAUUAGAGUCCAAUUUAUAAAGUCAUUAGAGAUGAGAAAUCUUCCGGAGAUCAGGUUUCAUAAGUGAAGAUAAAUGUAACAUUGUUCGUAAUUUAACUUUGCAUUUUACUUUAUCUAGAUUUUUUGAUUGAUUGCAAUUCGCUGUCUAUAUAAUUACUAGAAAAAAGUAUAAACUACUGUAAAAAUAAUUGCUUAAUUAUUUAAAAGUUACUAAAAUGUAGAAUAUUUAUAUCUGAAAAAAUAGUCGACAUUAAAUUUUGUGAGAUACGACAAUGUAUCUUUGAUUCUCGGACAUCCUGUAUAUAUAGUCGAUUUAUUGUACAUAUGCAUAACGAGCCAUUAGUAACUUAUUUGCAUUUUAAUCGAGUCAGCGCGAAUUAGACAUUGUUUUGUAGAGAAUAGUUAAAGAUAUUGUAUAUUCUCCGCGAGAAGGACGGAGAUCAGUAUUUCGCGAAUGCGCUGCGUCCAGUAUUUCUAGUCGCUCGAAUUGCUUUUGUAGGGAAAUAAUAGACACGAUAAUAAUAUUACAAGGAUCAUUCUGCUCGACGUUGUCAAUUUUAAUGUAAAGAUAUUUUAUGCAACGUUUUACGCGCUACUUUUUACAUCAUCGCUCGAUGUUAAAUUUAUUUCCUGUCUUGCAAUAUUUAAAUAAAAAUGUCGAUGACCUCACGCAGAAAUCUUCCGCGAAACAAAUUUUUCGUCAACAAUACGAUUGUGAUAUUCUCAAAUAUUUAUUACGAUUAAUUUAGAAGUUAUGCUAAUAUAUUGUAUCGACGAGAUUUUUUGGCGAGCAGAGUUGAAUCAUGUUAUCAUUACAUUCUCCAGAUGACUUUUUCUCUGUAUCUGAUAGUUCUUGUGUUUUGUUUGAGAUGAAGUCUAAUAAAACGGUUUAUCGUUCUUUA